AUGACGAGGCUCUCACUGCGCGCACUGCUCGCCCUCUCCCUCGUCGCCACGACACCAGUGCUUGCUCAAAAUGAUAUUAUAGGCUGCGCCGACCUCAAUUGCCCGGUUGACGACAGAAGCGUCAGUAACGAAUGCAACGUAGUUGACAGAUCGUUCAUCAACGUCGGCGCCGUCAAAGUCCCGGCAGCCGAGGGCUUUCCGCAGGGGCUCUCGUGGGUGCAGGGAUUCCGAGUCAUCCCGAUGCCGCCGAACAGGACCUACGAGAGCUCGUUCUACCUCGGCACGCCGCCGCAGGCCAACUUCAGCAUGCCGGGCUGCGCUGUGCUGUUCACCGAGUUUCAGGCCGCCAAGCGGUCGGAGAGGGCGGCCGAUGGCACCUGCGGCGCGUUCAUGAGCAGCAAAUGCUCGGACGCGCUGCUCAAGCGCGCAAAGGCUGUCAAGGCGAGCAACUCUACCGAUAAGGUGUGCCGAAAACUCCAACAGGAUCUGGAGGAGAACCUGGACGAGGACUGCAGACCAUACGUGGGCACGAGUGAUCGUUGGCAGAAUGUUACAGUCAAAGCGAUUACGGGCACAGGAUCCGAGGCGCCGAAGCCUAUCUCGUCCAGCCAGAACUCUACCAGCAACUGCUGGCCUGUACCCGACAAGUCCAGCGACCUCACUCUGUACGAGACAGUUGGUUUGUUUGGGGACAUCAUGGCCGGCACAAUCAUGAAGGCGGCGGACGAUGUCACUCCCAUCAUUACCGUUUUCUACCCUCAGGGCAAGGAUGCGCAAGCACAAAUCACUUGUCUGAAGAUCAAGGACGAGAGCACCAAGAGCCGACAGACUCAGGGUAAGAGCGGGACCGGGUCUCAUGUUCCAGGCUCCCUUCUCGCCAUCGUUGCCCUUGCCAUCAGCGCUUUUAUGAUGCUUUAG